AUGAAUAUCGAAGUAAUUAAACCGGAAGCUCGACUAGAGCUUCCAAUUGAAAAUAAGGUUUCUACUUUGCAGAUAGUCACAAAUGAAAUUGGCCAGGAAUCGUUGUUUGUCGGAUUCUCCAAUGGAGAUAUUUCUGUCUACAAGCUACCAGGUGAUAUUGCUGACACUGGUCCUAUAACUUCUAAUUCCGAUAAGCCAUUGAAGUCAUAUAGAUCAUUAAAUGACAUAAAAUCACUUUUUGGAAAGAAAAACCUUGAAUUGGAGUUUUCUGUCAGUAAUGUCACAGUGUCAUCUUUGCCUGUGGGGAAAAUACUACCGCUCACAUCGUCAACUGUGUUAGAUUCUUCUUCCGUUCUUCUAGCCAUAGGAGAUUCUGAGGCCAUAAGAAUUCAUGAGCUCGUGGGCCGUAAGCUAAAGUUUUUACAAGAGUUUGAAAAUUCAAAGAACUUUGUAGAUUUCGUUUACUUGAAGGACAGGAACUUAUUCAUAUACGCCAACAAUAAGAAGAAGUUGAUGGCCUAUGUAACCUCCCAAUUAUCCCCAGUUAAUUUCCAGUUAAUAAGUGAAUUAGCCCUAAAGGACAGGAUAAAGAAAAUAAGUGAAUUCUCAGAGAGCGAAGUGAUAAUUGGGUUGGCAAAUGAUUUUGUAGUUAUGAAUGUCGAUAAAGACUUUGAAGUCGGCCAAUUACCACAAGCAGCAAGCUCUAAUUCACAGGGGAAUCUCUUCAGUCAGACUACGUCAUCUUCCUUUAGUUAUUUUGGUUUGAACAACAGUGGGGGUCCUCAAGUUCAGAUCAUCCCCUUCAAUGACACUAAUUUCAUUCUUUCACAAGACAGUACGAUUGUCACAUACGAUAGGACCAAAAAAAGCUUAGCACCGGUGCCCAUAGCAUCUGCGUCUCCUUUAUCCAUACUUUGUCUUAGACCAUGCUACUUAGUACUCCUUUUCCCAAAAAAAUUGGAGAUUGUGGAUUAUGGGAAUGGAGAAGUCAUCCAAACGUUCAGCCAUCAGUUGAACUCAAAUACAAUAAGCGCAGUUCAGGAUAGGAAUUUUAUUUAUAUAGGAAGUGGAAGAGAUGUGUUCAAGUUUGAAAUACUAAGUAGCUCAAAGUUAGUGACACAGUACUUAGAAAAGGGAGAUGAAAACCAAGAGAGCAAACAUAAACUUUUAAAGAAGGGCGAUGCUGCAGAUUUCAAAUUGGGGGGCAUUGAAAAGGCUAUAUCAUUAGUAGCAAGACUAAAUGAGGAUGAUGAGUACUUUGGUGCUUCAUCGAUAAAUGCUAAAUCGAAGCAAUUGAAGUUGAGAGAAUUAUACCUGAAAAAAAUGGCCAUCCUCUUUGAAAAGUACCAUAAAUACCACGAAGCCUUAGUGGAACUUGGCUCCGACUGGUUGAUUUCCUUCGAAUUGAUAUUAUCAUUAUUUCCUGAUUAUCUUAAUGGUCAAGUGCAGCUAAGCAAUAUCCAAGACGAAUCAACCACAUCACUUUCCCCAGUUCAAAGUAACCCAAAUGCGAACGUAGUUAAAAGCAUAUCUCUAGAGAGCCUACAACAAUUCGAAUUGAAUGCAGAUAAUUCAGGCACUGACUAUGAUACCGAGAAAGCCACCAAGUCACAAACGCCUCAAAUUCAAAGUAAACCACCUAAUAUCAAAAAAUUCACCAGAGCUGUAAAUAAUCUUAUUGUGUACCUCACCGACCAAAGGAGAAUUAUUCUGAAUUUUGAGUCUGCAGGAGUGAUGAAGUGGCAUGAUAUAGAAGUUAGUCAGGAAGACAUAUACGGAAAGAUUUCUAUAGAUGAACUCUCAGCUGUUGUCGAUACAACUCUUUUCUUGUGCUAUUUCCACACCAAACCAAUGCUUCUUGGUCCUCUCUUGAGACUCCCCAAUAACCAUUGUGACUCGUCUAUAGUGAACAAAUGUUUAUUGCAAAAUUUGCAUUCACAUACAUAUAAUAUUUCGUCUGCUUCAACUAUGGGCAGUAAGCAACCCUCAGGCCAUAUCAAGGAACUCCUAGACUUUUAUUAUGGUCGUUCAUUGCAUAAGGAGGCACUUGAAAUGCUCAAAAAAUUAGCGCAUGACAAAGAUUCGAUAGAACAUGAUGAUGAAUUCGAUGAAUUCUUAAGAAGGCCCGAUCUUACUAUACAAUACUUACAAAAGCUCGACAAUACUAAGCUAGAUCUAGUGUUUGAAUAUGCUGCAUGGGUAUUGAAUGAACAAAACUCAAUCGAGAAUAGAAUUGAUAUGUGUUCUUUAAUCUUCAUGAAUGAUUCAUAUGAAUGUGAAAGUUAUGACAGUUUCAGAGUAUUAGAGUAUUUCACUACUAUUGAAGAUGGCUCAACCUUAGUGAUACGGUAUUUGGAAUGGUUAUUAUUUGAAAGUGAUGUUAUUGAUAAAUACAAGCGAGAUACCAAGUCCAUUCUGAAGCUCCACACGAAAUUAUGCUUGGAAUACCUUAGUAAGUUAAGGAAUGCAGGGAAUGAUCAACUGGAAGAGAAAGACUUACUGUCAGAGUCUUAUUACACACUUCUUUAUAACCUACUUGAUACUACAUCCAUGUACGAACCAUGGACCGUUCUUAAAAGUAUACCUACGGGCGAUUCCAGAUUCCUAAGACUAACUGUCCUCAUUUAUAAGCGUCUAAAUGAACAUGACAAAUCAAUUGACAUUCUUUUCAAUCAGUUGGACGAUUUAGAUGCAGCAAUGUCUUACUGCUCCGGCAUAUACAAUCAAUCACACAGUCAAGUAACUGGGCAAAAACUCUUGCACAAACUUUUAGAAGAUCUCAUUCUCGCCAACAACAGAGACACAAGCUCUAUCGAAAAGCUUUUGAAUCAAGAGGGUUCCAAAAUGUCGAUUUUGAGGGUCUUGACUUCUUUGCCAGAAUCUUUCCCCAUGAAGAAUUUGGCUACAUUUUUGACAAAUACAUUAAGGAGUUCCAAGGAGCAGUUACAUGACAGUAGAAUUGCAACCCAGCUUUAUAAAGUCGGUCUGAUCAAGUUAAAAUCGAAUUUAUUAGAAAGUCAAAGAGAGUAUUAUAGUAUUUCAAGUGGACAAAAUAAGUGCUCCGUUUGUGGAAAGAAGUUGGGUUAUAGCAUUUUCAGUGCCACUAAAGCUGGUGAUAUCAUUCAUUAUGGAUGCCAGUCUAAUUCACCUUAA